AUGUCAUUCAAGGAUAUUCACGGCCCUGUCCCUCACUACCAGGAAAGAAUCGCCAAAGGCGUCGAUAGAUUCGUGACUCGAAUGAAGGCGGGCGACAAUUGGCAACUUUUCAACGUAACCACUUCCCCUUUCCUGUAUUUUUGCACUCAAGCUAUUGCCACCGUUCUAACCCUACCCACCUUAUACAGUGGAGUCUCCAGGUCGAUGGAAAAGACCUAUUCCGUUGGACGGAAACAAUUUCUAUCCAGAAAAGGUCACACUAUGCCGGAUGAGACAGAGGCGAUCGAUAUUGACCAGUGCUGGCUACGCUAUGCGCGUCAAACGCUCAAGGUUCUCCCAAAAACCAAGGCUAUAGUCUUUGGUGUAAGGCUUUACAUGACUAGUUUGCGUGACAUUGUCAAGGAGGGCAAUGGAGUCGAACUUGCUGAUGCCAUUGAUUCAAUGCCAAUAAAGCUGGUGACUACAAGAAGCGACCAUUCUGGGAGAAAGACGUUCAGAAAUUCCUCUGUCAAGAACUCUGACCUCUGA